UUUGGAUAAAUAUCUUUUCGAACUUUUUGUUAGCACACUCUGUUAUCCAUUCCCGCCUCCAAACUCCAAACCGGAAAAUGUCUCUCCGACUCAUCUCACCACCGCCGUCUUUCCAUCGCUUCACCUGUCACGCCACCACCGCUCCACCUCCUCCCCCUCCUCAAAUCUCAACUGCAACCCCUAUCUCUUCAACUCCACAGCCCCCGCCACUAAAAUGCGCACUUCAUUGCCCCCAUUUCCAAUCGUGUUCGGGAUGUACGCACGAGCUUAACUUACACCGUCCUGUAAUUUUGGACGACGCUACCAAUUUCUUUCGGAAAUAUGGUGUCACGGACUUCACAUUCGAUACUUGCAAUUUGUGGGGUUGGAGGUGUCGAGCGAAAUUGGCGGUGCGUGGUUCUUCAACCAGCCCUCUCAUUGGACUCUAUGAGGAGGGUACUCAUAACGUAGUUGACAUUCCACAAUGCAAAGCUCAUCAUCCUAAUAUUAAUGCUGCUGUGGAGCUGCUUAGACAAGGUAUUACUGAAUUAGAUGUUGAUCCAUAUCUUGAAGAUGAAGGCACUGGUGAAUUGCGAUAUGUUCAGAUGGCUGUGACAACACACAGCACAUCUCUUCCCGCUGCACAAAGAUAUAUGAAUGGUAAGGUUCAGGUUACAUUGGUUUGGAAUUCUAGAAAGGAAAAUUCCCAUGGUUCAGACAAACUGAAUGCAUUAGCAAAUUUUCUAUGGAGAAAUGGUGGGCCACAGAGCAGGCUUCAUUUAAUUCAUUCUGUAUGGGCCAACUUUCAGACUUCUGAUAAAAAUAUAAUAUUUGGGAAUAGAUGGAGACAUCUUCUUGGGGAGAGAGAUUUUUGGGAACGUGUUGGUGGGAUUGAUGUGUCAUUGGCCCCUUCUAGUUUUGGCCAGGCAAACACACGGGCUUUUGACUCCUUGCUGCAGAAGUUACAGAAAUAUGUUCCAUAUGAAUCAUCUGUUACUGAUUUGUAUGCUGGAGCUGGUGUCAUUGGGUUAUCAUUAGCUGCCAGAAGAAAGUGCAGAUCCGUCAAAUGCGUUGAGAUUAACAAAGAGUCGAAGGUAUCUUUUGAGAAGACAGUUGGACGCUUGCCUGCCACCGUUAGCAGCAGCAUCACUUGGCAUCAUGCAGAUGCUUCAAAAGAUCCUUUUUCGUGGCUUGUGGGCUCAGAUGUUAUAGUCUUUGAUCCUCCUAGAAAAGGACUGGAUUCAUCUCUUAUUGAUGCAUUGAAGAAUAUAUCCUUAGUGGCCCGCAAAGCCUUGUCAUCAUCCGGACGCCCAAACUCAGUCCAAGAAGAGAAAAGACCAUGGAUUUUACGUGCUAAUGAAGCUUCUGUCCAGAUUAGAAGCAAAUUACCUGAGGCAGACGUUACUCCAUUGGUGCCACAAACCCUUAUUUAUAUAAGCUGUGGAUGGGAAAGUUUUAAAGAGGACUGCAAGUCAUUAUUGUCAAAUAAGACAUGGUAUUUGGAAAAAGCUCAUGGUUUUAAUUUUUUUCCUGGUACUCAAAGAAUUUGGAGUCGGGGAAGACGAUUGGCAAUGCUGAAGAGUGUGCUGGACUCUACCUCCUUCAAGUGGAAAAAUCAGAAGCAAAACUCAAGAAUAAUUAUCAUGUUGCAGCUGUAGUUUCAAGUGAUGAUAAUCCUGUAAUGAUGUGGCACUAAAGAUUAGGCCACCCAAAUUUCAUAUACUUGGAAAAAAUGUUUCCCUCUUUAUUCAAUAAAAACAAGGAAUAUUUUCGGUGUGAAAUUUGCCAAUUGUCUAAACAUACCCGAAACCAUUACCCACCCCAAUCCUAUAAACCCUCCAAACCUUUUUCAUUAAUUCAUAGUGAUGUAUGGGGACCAUCACGAGUCCGCAACAUUACAGGCUCGAGAUGGUUUGUCACCUUUAUUGAUGAUCACACACGUGUUACCUGGGUGUUUCUAAUGAAGGAAAAAUCAGAAGUAGGGAGAAUAUUUGAAAUUUAUCAUAAGAUGGUACAAACACAAUUCCAAAGCAAUAUUCAGAUACUUAGAACUGACAAUGGUCGUGAGUAUUGCAACCUUGCUCUAAAUUCCUAUCUUCAAAAGGUUGGAAUUGUUCACCAAAGCUCGUGUGUGGACACCCCCCAACAAAAUGGAGUAGCGAAAAGGAAGAAUAGACACCUUUUGGAAGUGACUAGAUCAAUCAUGUUAGCCACAAAUGUCCCACAACACUUUUGGGGAGAAGCUGUCCUUUCCGCAACUCACCUUAUAAAUCGAAUGCCCUCCCGUAUCCUUAACUUUAAGACCCCACUCUCCACACUUCAAAACCUAUUUCCAACCAGCAAAAUAUUUUCCUCUAUUCCAUUAAAAAUAUUUGGAUGCUCAACUUUUGUCCAUAACCUCAACCCUCACCGAAGCAAAUUAGACCCAAAAUCCAUCAAAUGCAUUUUUCUUGGUUACUCCCCUCACCAAAAGGGAUAUAGGUGUUACUCUCCCCAUACCAAAAAAUUUUACCACACUAUGGAUGUAACCUUCUUUGAAAAUCAACCCUAUUACACCAAAAAUGGUAUUCAGGGGGAGCAUAUCGUAAAUUCAGAAUACCAACUUUUGCCUCUUGAACUAACCGAACAUGACAAAAUCUUACCAGACCAAACCGACAACACUCAAUCAGCCGAACCUAUGUCUAAACCAGCUGGAAAAUUACCAGAACAAACCUCUAACAUUCAGCCGAGUGAAAGGACAAAUGAAGUUAUGACGGAAACAGGACCAAUUAUAAUCUCAACCACAUCUCAACAGGAUUGUGAUCCAAAAACAGGUAAUUGGAAGGGUUUUUGUUAUAAAAGGAGGAAGGAGGUAGAGUCAAGCAUAUCUCCAAUGCAAGGCCAUGAGUCAAACCAGGCUCUAGAAAAUGAAGUUCCCACAGGUAAUAUUCUUCCUAACUCUGAACAUGUUGAUACAGCAGAUAUUGAUAUUCCUAUUGCUAUGAGAAAAGGGGUUAGAACUUGCACUAAACACCCUAUUGAAAAAUAUAUCUCCUAUGGUAAACUAUCACAAAGUUACAGGUCCUUUGUAGCAGCUGUUGACAACAUAGAAAUUCCAAAUAAUAUUCAAGAAGCAUUGCUGAAACCUGAAUGGGCAGCAGCUGUAACUGAAGAAGUUCAAGCACUUGUAAGAAAUGGCACAUGGGAGAUCACUGCUAUACCAGAAGGGAAGAAAGCAGUAGGAUGCAAGUGGAUAUUUUCAAUUAAACACAAUGCUGAUGGGAGUAUAAACAGGUACAAAGCUCGGUUGGUUGCUAAGGGAUUCACACAAUCAUAUGGGGUGGAUUAUGAGGAGACUUUUGCACCUGUUGCGAAGCUCAAUUCUGUCCGGGUUCUACUAUCUCUGGCAGCAAAUCUAGAUUGGCCCCUACACCAACUAGACAUAAAGAAUGCAUUUCUAAAUGGAGAGUUAGAAGAAAUCAGUUUCUCAAAGGAAGUACACUUUGGAUUUACUUCAAGAAACAGGUAUGCUUGGAUGCAAAGCUGCCAAUACUCCCAUAGAACAAGUAAAAAGGAGUGAAGACGAGGAUGUACCAGCUAAUAAAGAUAGAUAUCAAAGUCUAGUAGGAAAACUAAUCUAUCUAACACACACCAGACCGGACAUUGGUUUUGCUGUAAGCAUGGCUAGUCGUUAUAUGUCAAAUCCAACUGAAAAUGACAUGAGAAAUGUGAACAGAAUUCUCCAAUACCUAAAAGGUACGCCGGGCCGAGGACUUUAUUUUCAAAAGAACUCAAACAGAGGUAUUGAAGUCUACACCGAUUCUGAUUGGGCGGGAUGUUUAUCUGACAGGAAAUCGACUACAGGCUACUGCACAUUUGUAUGGGGUAAUAUGGUAACUUGGAGAAGCAAGAAACAAUCUGUUGUGGCCAGGAGUAGUGCAGAAGCUGAAUUCAGAGCUAUGUCACAAGGUAUUUGUGAAGGAAUUUGGCUUAAGCGAAUGCUAGAUGAGAUCAAAAUUCCUACCAAUCACCCCAUGAAGAUAUUAUGUGAUAACAAGGCUGCUAUUAGCAUUGCUAAGAACCCGGUACAGCAUGAUAGAACAAAGCACGUGGAGAUAGACCGACACUUCAUCAAGGAGAAAAUUGAUCAUGAAGUUAUAAGUGUUAACUAUAUUCCAUCAUGCCAGCAAACUGCAGACAUUCUAACAAAAGCCCUUUCAAGGAACAUAUACGAGAAUAUCAGAUCCAAUCUGGGUAUGAUAGACAUCUACCACCCAGAUUGAGGGGGAGUGUGGAAUAGUUAAUACAGAAUCAAAUGAUUCUGUUUGUACAGCUCAUUAAGGAUUAAGAUUAAUGUAAUUAAUUAGUUAUUACUUCCUGUUCUUUUCUGUAAUUAGAAUCAGCAUUCAUGGGAAAUUAAUUCCCUUGAUUCUUAGGUCAGAUUUCUCUUUCAAAUUCUGCCUUAUGCAGUCUAUAAAUACAGCAUAUGUAAUUCUCAUCAAAUAGUAGAAAAUAUAAAAUAUAUUUCUAUAAUGCUCAUAGCUAUUCCUUUAUUUUCUGGUGCAUAAUCACAGGCGUAGUUGUGUUUUGGUGUGUGUGGGAAAGAAUGAGGGAGAGCUUUUGACCUAAUGUAGAGUCUUUAGAUGGGGGAGAGCAUAUUCAUAUAGUUAGACUUGUGAAACAUUAUUACUAUUAAGAUCCUAUUGUUCCACCCGCAUUAGUCCAUACUUCAAAUGUCCAAUUUUGUGUAUGGGAGGAGGUCUGUUGAGAGUCCCACAUCACGUAGAGACAAAUGACCUAAGUAGUGCUUUUAAGGUUUGAAAUGUCCUCACCCCACAAGCCGGUGUUGUGGGGUUGAUUUAGAAUUUUAGACUCAACUUAAGUUUUAAGAUGAUAUCAAAGCUUAUCCUAAAUUUGUUAUUGGGCCUAAAUCUAUAUUAUUCCACUCGCAUGCUCCAUAUGUCUUCCCCUGGAUGUGAUGGUA